CGCUGGGGUUUAUUAUGUGGUCUCUCCGUCGAGCUUCUGCACACUCUCGCAGGAUAAAUAGGUCUUGGCCUGGAUGUUUUAGAGCAAGGACUGCUAAAUUGGACCGAAUAUGUCAUUUUGCGAGUGAUAGAGCUGGUACAUGCACUCUUGAAAAUGUGAUUUUGGGGAGAUAUAAUUUGUUGAAUGAGCUUCACCGUAAGCCACCUAUUAGUGAAAAACUAUAUGUGGGGAGUUGUGGCUACUGUUCUAAGGCUGCUAUGGGAAAUGACAAUGAGAAUGAUGAAACUGGAGGUGGGUUUUUGGAGUUUGAGACGGGUGGUAUGGAUGGCAUAAUUGAAGAGAGCAAUGCAGAGGAAGUGGAUGAGGAGUCUGGUGAUAAAAAGGAAGCUUUAGAGUUAUUAAAUACAAUUACGGAAACUCCAAAUAUUGUUGAUUUUCUUAGUAAGUUUACUGAGGAGGGCAACGAGCUGAGUCGAGGGGAGAUUUAUUUGAUCAUGGAUCAUCUUCGGAAAAAGCAGCUGUAUUGGAGGGCAUUACAGUUUUCUGAGUGGCUGGAAAGAAGUAAGCAAACUGAUUUCACUGAAAGGGACUAUGCAUGUCAUCUUGAUUGCAUUGCGAAAGUACUGGGGCUUUGGAGGGCAGAGAAGUUUAUUGAGAAGAUCCCUGAGUCCUUUAGAGGUAAAUUAGUUUAUCAAACCCUCUUGGCGAGCUGCGUCAGUGUUUUGAAUAUCAAGAAAGCAGAGUCCGUUUUCCGGAAAAUGAGGGACCUAGGUUUGCCAAUCACUGUCGAAGCAUGUGAACAGAUGAUAAUUAUCUACAAGAGGCUGGAGAAGAAAAAAAUACCCAAUAUAUUGUUGAUGAUGAAGGACCAAAAUAUCAAACCUUCUUUCCUUACAUACAAGCUUCUUAUUGAUGCUAAAUGUCAGUUUAAUGACACAACGGGGAUGGAGAAAUUAGUUGAGGCUAUGAGGAAUGAAGGCAUGGAACUUGACGUCUUUGCUCUAGCUGUCAUAGCAAGGCACUACAUAAGUGUGGGAUUAAAAGAUAAAGCUGACCUCAUCUUGAAGGAAAUUGAAAAAAGAAAACAGAAGGGUGGAGGUCUUGGAGCUCGUAGAUCAUUGCUUUCCCUCUAUGCUUCUCUUGGAAAUGCUGAUGAGGUGGGUAGAAUUUGGAAGGAAUGCAAAGCAGAUCCCAAGCAGAGUGAGUGCAUAGCUGCCAUACGAGCCUGGGGCAAGUUGGGCAAAGUGGAAGAAGCAGAAGCAGUCUCAGAGAUAAUGCUUCAGACAUGGAAGAAUCCCACAUUUGGAUAUUACACCUCUCUUCUGAAUGUUUACAUAGACAACAACUUAACCAGUAAGGGCAAGGAUCUGGUGGAACAGAUGGGUGAUAUUGGGUCGUGGGCUGGCCCAUUGACCUGGGAUGCACUAGUGAGGCUUUAUAUCAAAUCUGGUGAUGUUGAGAAAGCGCAUUCAAUUUUGCUAAAGGUAGCUAGGAUGAAGAGGAAGAGGCCUUUGUACACAACAUGCAUCGCUGUCAUGGAGCAUUAUGCAAAACGAGGCGAUAUACAUAACACAGAGAAGUUGUUCCAGAGUAUGAGGGAGCUAGGGUAUACAGCACGCUUUAAACCAUUUGAGAUUCUGGUCGAUGCUUACAUCAACGCGAAAACUCCAAUCUAUGGGUUGCGAGCGAGGAUGAAGGCAGAUAACCUAUACCCUAAAAAAGAAUUUGCUGGAAAAAUGGCAUUAGUUGAUUGUUUCAGAAAGGCUGAAUUAUCAAAUCUGCUUGAUUAAGAGCUCCAUUGUUCCAGAUGUAGCUGUAUCAUUCCCAAGUUAAUAUGUACACAAUUUGUAAGGUAAGGAUGCUGGAAUGGUUUAGGAUCAUGGCAUUUUAGUGAUCUGUAAAUGUAAGAGGAUUAUUUUAAACC